AGCUUAUGCACAACUCCCCUCUUCAAACAAUCCACGCCACCCAUUGUACGUCCCCUCAGUACACCAAACCGACUCAAAAUGGCGCCAGUCUUCUCCAUAGCCGUGCUCCUCUACCCGGGCGCCGACGUCAUGGACUUCAGCGGGCCGGUCGAAAUCUUCAGCACGCGGCCGCAACCCGGCGAGCCCGAGUUCAAGAUAACCACGUUUGCGCACAACAGCCCGGUCAAAGCGGGCGCGCUGGUGUACGUCCCGCACGCUAGCUUCGCAGAGGUGGAAAGCCGGUUGGAGGAGUACGAUAUUCUGGUCGUGCCGGGCGCGCAUCCUGAUAUGCUCAAGACGUUCAUUCCAAGCGAGGAGGGGAAGCAGAUCGCCGGGCUUGUGAGGAGGUUUGCGGGUUUGAAGCCGAGGGGGGAAACGGGAUAUCGCGUUGUUCAGUCGGUGUGCACGGGCGCGUUGCUUCUCGCUGCGUCGGGGAUUCUUGCAGGGCGCACGGUGACUACGCAUCAUAUUGCGUAUGACGCGCUGAAGCAGGUCGCAGAUCAGGCUGCGGGAGGAGAGUCGGGGGUUAAUGUUGUGCGGAAGAGAUGGGUGGAUGCGGGGAUAACGGAGGCGGGGGUGAGGAUUGUGAAUGCGGGGGGUGUUACGUCGGGGAUUGAUGCGAGCUUGUGGGUUGUGGAGUUGCUGGUUGGGAAGGAGAGGGCGGCAUUGAUGGCGGAGGUGGCGGAGUUUGAACGCAGGGGCGAGGAGGGAUGGGGUGUCUAGGCUGGCUGCAUGCAGAGGGGUGGUUGAAGAAGGAACUUUUUUGAUCUAUGAAAAAGUUGGGAGGGGGUGCUUCAGUCUGUAACCCGCCUUAGCACUUAUGCCAACGUGCUCUGGCUUAGGUAGUCCGUCGGAUAAUGUUCCCUUACUCCUGAAGAGAGGCCGACCCUAGGUGCUUCUCCGUAACCUAGGGCUUUGUUUCCGUGUCUUUCGCCCACCCCAUGUACGUCUCCAAGCCUCU